AGGGGAGGCCGGGCGGCGGGGCGGCGCGGCCACCAUGGCGGAGGAGCGGGCCGGACCCCAGGCCGGGGCCGACGACGACGACGAGGGGGCCGGGCCGGGCCGAGGCGGCCGGAGGCCGGAGGCGUAGGAGGCGCCGGCAUGGAGGGGCCCGGCCCGGCCCCGCACCGACAGGUCCGGGAGCUGUGCGCCGGGGCCGACGACCGGCCGUACGUCUGCGAGAGCGGACACUGCUGCGGGGAGACCGGCUGCUGCACCUACUACUACGAGCUGUGGUGGUUCUGGCUCCUGUGGACCGUCCUGGUCCUGUUCGGCUGCUGCUGCGCCGCGCGCCAUCGCCGGGCCAAGCUGCGCCUCCAGCAGCAGCAGCGCCAGCGCGAGAUCAACCUCCUCGUCUACCACGGCGCCCGCCGCGCCUCCGCCGCCGCCGCCGCCGCCGCCGCCUCCUCGCUGCUCGACCUGCGUCUCCUGGCCUCCUGCAAGCUCCCGGCCUACGAGGACGUGGCGCGGCGGCCGGGCACCCCGCCCCCGCCCUACGGCGCGGCCCCCCCGGCCCCGGCCUCCCCCGACUUCGCCGGCCGCUCCCGCGCCCCCGGCCGCCUCCCCUCGCCGAGUCGCGGCUGCGGCCCCCGCCUCUCGCCGCGCACCGCCCCCGAGCCCUCGCCCGCCUCGGGGCCGUCCGGCGGCGGCGGGGGCGACGGCCAGGGAGGGCGGGACCGGGCGUCCCCCCCGCCGCCCCGGGCCGAGGGCCGCGGCCGGAACCCGGGCGCCGAGGGCCCCGGGCCCGCCCGCCGCCGCCACCCCACCGGAGACUCGGGCGUCGAGCUCUGUCCCUGCCCCUCCCCCGACGCGGACCCCGCCGAGGCGGGCCCCCUGGCCCCGUCGCCCUGA